AUGAAUCCUCAAUGUCUAAAUAGUGAUUCUAGUGAACCUGAAGCAAUAAUCAUAUCAGAUGAUGACGACAUUAUUCCAAUUUCCCCACCACCACUAACAGAAAUAGAUAUAACAGAAUCCGAAGAAAAUACUGUUUUACUUAAUUCUGAAACUGCUAAAUCGCAAAGAAAAUCACAUAUUGAGAAGAUCUUUCCAAGUCAAUCAAGCAGUGGUUCUUCAGUACCAACUGCAGUUAAUGUAAAAGAAACAACACAAACAAUAUCUACUGUAAGAGUAGUUUUUCCUGUUAAACCUUAUCCAUCUCAGGUGCAUGUAAUGUCAAAAGUUAUUAGAGCUAUUAAAGAUAAAGAGAACUGCUUAGUGGAGAGUCCAACAGGUACAGGCAAAACAUUAGCCUUACUUUGUGCUUCAUUAGCUUGGCAACUGCAAGAAAAAGAAAAUAUCAAAAAAUCAGUGGUCGAGAUUCAUCCAGAGCUUGACCCCGAAAAACAGCAACCUAGUCCGAACAAAACUAACACAACCUUCACUGCACCUCUCUUCACUAAGCAGAACUUCGGUGGUAAAAGUAUAUAUGACAACAGUAUAGAAGAUAUAGGAAAACCAUUUCUUAACGUUAUCCAAAACCAACCAGGCCCAUCAACAGCAACAUCAGACAAUGAUUCAUCUGAAGACAACUUGGUAAGGUUACAUAAGAAGCCGCGCUACGAUACUAGUUAUGUAGAUCUAACAAGCUCACAUUGUCCUACAAAGCUUGAAAAAAAAGUAGUUCCAGAACCAACGACGCCAGAAAAGAACACGAAAACUUCAUUGGCAUUGCAAGAGUCCCUGCGUAAUACGAAAGAGAUACAUGUUGCUUGCAGGCUUCCCGUUAUUUUUUAUGGAGCCCGAACCCAUAAGCAAUUAGAACAGGUGGUCCAGGAGUAUGCUAAAACGAUGUAUUGCGAUCAAGCAACUAUGACAAUUUUGUCCAGUAGGGAAAACAGUUGCAUUCGUAGCUACGAUAGUCACCAAUGGUCAUCCAAGAAGGAAAUGUGCAAGAGCUGUACCAAGUCAGCCUCAUCCAAUAACAAUAAAACGUGCUGUGAAUACUACAAUAAUAGGAAAAAAUUGGAUCAUAAAUCGUUGCCGUCUGCUUUCGAUUUAAAUAUUUUAAGAAAGAAGGGAGAAGAACUAAGAGCUUGCCCUUAUUAUGCAGCCAGGUACAUGAAGGCAAACGCGAAUAUUGUCUUCUGUCCCUAUAACUUCCUUAUCGACCCUUCAAUUAGGAGUAGUAUGCAAAUCGAUUUUAAAAAUGACAUUAUAAUUAUUGACGAGGGUCACAACAUUGAAGACAUAUGUCGAGAAACAGCCACAUUCAGUUUCACAACUGCCGAUGUUCAAGCAGCUCUUAAGGAGCUAAACUACGCUUUGUCGUUUCGAUUUGCCAAUCAAGACGUUGAAACAUUCAUCGAACACUUAAUACAAGUUUUGAAUAAUUGGGACCAAUGGUUUGGAAACCAAAUCCCACUUCUGGAAAAAAAAGCAAUUAACGAAAAUGUUGUGGUCUACGACUGGGAUGUGAGGGACUUCAUACAAACCUUAGGCUAUCACAAUAUUGGACAAGGCCAAUAUCUAGAUUUUAAGAAAAACGUAACGCUGUUAAGUGAUAAGAUUAGGAACAAUCCGGACACAUUGAAGCAAGUGACGACACCUACUGUUAGUUUGCUUGAGUCCCUUAAUAAUAUACUAGGUUACAUUUUCGGCAAAUAUUUAGACAGUUAUAAACCAAAACUGGAACUGAAGUUCAAGCCUUUCUUGUUUGAAAACAACGAGUGGACAAACACGCCAUUUAGAAAUAAAUCAAACUGGGAGUACCUCAAGCUGCAUCUGUACUGCCUGAACCCUGCCGUGGUGUUCUCUGGGCUGUGCGCGGCGCGCACGGUGGUGCUCGCGUCCGGCACGCUCACGCCCGUCGCCAGCCUCGAGUCCGAAUUAGAUACCGCAUUCCCAUUCAAAGUCAGCGCGAAACACAUCAUACCUGAUGAUAGGGUGUGGGUGGGCACGUUGGGGUUGCACGAGGACGGCAGCGAGCUGGUGUGCCGCAGCGCGGAGCUGCGGCGCGCGGGCACGCGGCGCGCGCUGGGCCGCGCGCUGCGCUGCGUGUGCGACGUCACGCCGCACGGCGUGCUCUGCUUCCUGCCCUCCUACACCGUGCUCAAGGCGCUCGUGAAGGAAUGGAAUGCUUCGGGGAUUUUGAAAGAAAUAGAAAGGACUAAAGAGAUAUUUCAAGAAUCAAAUAAUGUCAAGGACCACGAAAUAGUUAUGAAGUCUCCCGGAGCGAAAAAUAGGAGUAUUGUAUUGCGGUACAGCUGUGGUAAAACGGCGGUGUGGUACUGCGGUCAAGCAGUCACGUUCGGUGCAAAAAUGGACGGCGAGGGCGAUAUCUUUGGGGCGAACAAUCGCUUCUUACUAGAAAAUGCCAGUAACUGGCAUACAUGGAAAUUCCAAGUAAAAGUCAUACUAAAGGCGGUGAAUGCCUAUGACUUGGUGGACGGCUUAUUAAAAUGCCCAGAAAAUGACGACACAAAGUUAGCCACGUGGAAGGCUCAAGCAGUCAUCGUAGGCAGACUAGGCAGCACAGCUAUGCUGCAUAUACAGAAUUGUGAAACAGCCAGAGAGAUAUGGGACAAAUUAAAUACAAUUUAUGAACAAAAAUCUGAUGUGUCACUCCACAUAUUGCAGCAGCGUUUCUUUGAAGAAAAAUACAUCGGUUCAGAAGAUGUAUCAACAUUCAUAGCCAAAAUAGAAGCAAUCGUGACACAAGUAAGGCAAGCAAAAGUGCCUAAAGACGUUGUUAUUGGGGAUGGGACAAUAAUAAAAGCAUUAGGUUAUGGUGACAUUGACCUUGAAGCAUAUGAUGGUCAACAAUGGAUCAAAACGUUAAUAAACAAUGUUUUGUAUGUGCCGAGCAUCAAGGUAAACCUAUUUUCCAUGAGUGCUGCUCUGGAUAAAGGCUACAAGCUGGAAUCAACUGCUACUGAGUGCCAGUUUAUAAAAAACAAUAGUGUCUAUGCUAUAGCGAAGAGACAUGGUAAAAUGUACACAAUGUUAUUCAAAAAGCCCGAUGCUUGUGCCAUGGUUGGAAAAGUGAUGUCAAAUUUAAGGGAAUGGCAUACUAAACUAGCUCACCAAGACAUUAACCAAUCUGAAGAAUACAAAGAAAGAGACAGAGGACAAGAAAAAGAAAAUUACAUAGCUUUUGACACUCAAGAAGACACAGAACAAGUAUUAGAACUAGAACAAAGCCAGUACGAAGAUAUUGAGGACCCUGAAACAAUAGAAAGUGAAAAAGAAGAGAACUCAAUUCAUUCCUUUCAUGAGGAGUCCGCAAUAUUAGAGGAAGAGAUAGAAGAAGAACAGGAAACAUCACAACAGACAGAAGAGGUAACCGAAAGACCUAGAAGGGCGAGGAAAAAGCCAAGCUGGUUUAAAGACUAUGAACAAGGAGAUGAAAAUAUAUUCCUGAGUUACAGCUGUGAUGAACCUAUUUCCUACCAACAAGCUAUGAAGAGACCCGAUAAAAGAAAAUGGGAAGAAGCCAUAAAUAAAGAAUUGCAAACACUGGAGGAAAAUAAUACAUGGGAGGAAGUGGCAGAAGUUCCUGACGGAGAAAACAUAAACUACACGAAAGCGGCGACCACCUCCGGCGCGCUGCUGCUGGCCGUGUACCGCGGCAAGGCGGCCGAGGGCGUGGACUUCCGCGACCGCCAGGCGCGGGCCGUCGUGCUCGUAGGCGUACCGUUUCCGAACAUUAAAGACGAAGCAGUCCGCAGCAAAAUGGAAUAUAAUGACAACAAUGCACUUAAGAUGAAACUUCUCUCCGGAAGCGACUGGCUCUACGUACAAGCAUUCAGGGCGCUGAACCAGGCGGUGGGGCGCAGCGUGCGGCACGCGCGCGACUGGGGCGCCGUGCUGCUGCUGGACGCGCGCUACCGCCGCCCCAACUACACGCGCCACAUCUCCGAGUGGGCGCGCCGACGCUUGGAGCAAAAACAAAAUCAUAACUUCAGCAGCUUGAUAAACCAUCCAAGUGGCAUUAAAGCGUUUAUGGAAAUAAUGACUCAAAAGGAAGCAGGAGAAGAAACGGAAAACGAAAAU